GGAGAGCCGCUCUUCGUGACGCAGCCAACUUAUCCGGCUUGCAUUACAAAGGGGAUGAAUUUGAAUACGAAUUUAUUGAGAGGACUAGUAAACAGGUGUUGGCAUUUCUUAAAGAGGACACGCUACCUGUUGUUGCUGAUUAUCCAGUCAGAGCAGAGUCCCAGGUGAAAUCGUCGUCGUCGUUUUCAAAUCCAAGGCAAUACCAACACCAUGUGUUCCUCAACUUCAGAGGAUGUGAUACUCGCUAUCGUUUCACUGGCAGUCUUUACAAAGCUCUCCAGGACAACAAAAUCCACACCUUCAUGGAUGAUGUAGGUCUUCACAGAGGGAAUGAUAUAUCAAGAACACUUAUUCAGGCAAUUAAAGGCUCCAGGAUUGCCAUCAUUGUGUUCUCCCAGAACUAUGCUGAUUCUUCUUACUGCUUAGAUGAACUUGUCAAGAUCUUGGAGUGCCAUGAGUCUGAUGGUCAGUUCGUAUUGCCGGUUUUCUAUGAUAUUUAUCACGAUCACGUCCGAUAUCACACAGGAAGUUAUGGGAAAGCGAUGGCUAAACAUGAGGAGAAGUUCAAGGACGACUUAUCCAGAGUCGAAAAAUGGAAACAGGCUUUGUUUCAAGCAGCUAAUUUUACUGGCUUUGUUUUCGAGGGGAAACAAUAUGAACACGAGUUUAUUGGAAAGAUCGUUGAAGUGGUGUCAAGGGAGAUUAAACGUGUUGCUUUGCCUGUUGCUGACUAUCCGGCUGGACUAGAGUCUCAAGUUUUAGAAGUAAAAUCGCUUCUAUUUUCUGAUGGCUAUGGUGGAGUCCACAUGGUAGGGAUUCAUGGAAAUGGUGGAUCAGGCAAAACAACAGUAGCUCAUGCAAUCUAUCAUUUGAUUUCUAACGGUUUUGAAAGUAUAUGUUUUCUUGAAAAUGUGAGAGAAAAUUCAUAUAAGCAUGGUUUAGUGUAUCUUCAAAAUAUGCUUCUUUCUAAUGUAUUCGAAAGGAAGAAUCUCAAAUCAACAAGUUUUGAUCAAGGAAUUUCAACAAUAAAGCACAGGCUCCAACAAAAGAGGAUCCUUUUGAUUCUAGAUGAUGUUGACAAACCAGAGCAAUUACAAGCUGUUGCUGGAAAACCUGAUUGGUUUGGCCUUGGAACAAGAGUCAUUGUUACCACACGGGACAAAUGUUUACUAGAGAGCCAUGGGAUUGAAAGAAUCUAUGAGAUGGAGAAUUCAAAUUCGGAGUCAAAUAUCAAAGCAUCCCCUGGAAAGGACAACAGAGAACAACUGGGUGAAAAAAGCACCUCCGGUGAUCAAGUCAAUGGUUUGUUAGAACCUCUAGUUUCUGAAGAUAUUAGUCUUGAAAGGAGCAAACAGGCUUCUCUUAUUCAAGCGGAAUCAAAUACAGAAGUCAUAGGAUGUAAUGAAAAUCAAGCAGACAUUUGUCAUACUCAUUUCCCAGAAAGAAUUGAUAAUGGUAAAAAAGAAGUGCCAAAUGGAAACAGGGAAGUCGAUAUGGCUGAGAAGUGUUUCUCCGCUCAGUUAGAAUCUUUGGAGGAAAAGAAAAGAGAACUUAAAGAGCAAAUUCGCGCCAUAAAAGCUGAGAUUGCAGGUUUUCACAGCAGAGACACAGUUGCUAAAGAGAAAAAGAGAAGUGUUUGACAGUGGAAAAAUCCUGACAGUUGAAGGGGCUAAUUUGAGGAACCAUGUGCCAAGGUAAUAUUGAAGCACAGUGGUAAUGUCUUAGAGAACAAGUCAUUGGAGAGCGUAGCAAUAUUCAGGUUCAUGUUAGCCAAAAUAGGGUGGUUAUUAAAGUGUAUUUACAGAAGCAUAUCCUGUAUGAUAUAUAUGAUUGUUGAGUUUCAGUGACACUGGUGUAUUUUUCAUUCUUAUUCACUGGACUGUACUUUUUGUUCUCAACUAGAAUGAGACUUUCA